AUGAGACUGUGGUUCUGUCUAAGUUUAUUCAUCGUCCUGUGCCUGGAGCAUUUUCCAGGAACCCUGGCAGAUGAAAGAAAUGUUCCAGAGAGUGAAGAAAAAACUGAGCAGUUCCUGAGGGAUUUGUCUGAGAUCAGCCGCCUACAAAGACGUCCACCGGGGUUCAGCCCUUUCCGAGGAAAAUUCCAUAGCCAGUCCCUGCGGGAUUUGUCUGAGAUCAGCCGCCUACAAAGACGUCCACCGGGGUUCAGCCCUUUCCGAGGAAAAUUCCAUAGUCAGUCCCUGCGGGAUUUGUCUGAGAUCAGCCGCCUACAAAGACGUCCACCGGGGUUCAGCCCUUUCCGAGGAAAAUUCCAUAGCCAGUCCCUGCGGGAUUUGUCUGAGAUCAGCCGCCUACAAAGACGUCCACCGGGGUUCAGCCCUUUCCGAGGAAAAUUCCAUAGUCAGUCCCUGCGGGAUUUGUCUGAGAUCAGCCGCCUACAAAGACGUCCACCGGGGUUCAGCCCUUUCCGAGGAAAAUUCCAUAGUCAGUCCCUGCGGGAUUUGUCUGAAAUCAGCCGCCUACAAAGACGUCCACCGGGGUUCAGCCCUUUCCGAGGAAAAUUCCAUAGUCAGUCCCUGAGGGAUUUGUCUGAGAUCAGCCGCCUACAAAGACGUCCACCGGGGUUCAGCCCUUUCCGAGGAAAAUUCCAUAGUCAGUCCCUGCGGGAUUUGUCUGAGAUCAGCCGCCUACAAAGACGUCCACCGGGGUUCAGCCCUUUCCGAGGAAAAUUCCAUAGUCAGUCCCUGCGGGAUUUGUCUAAGAUCAGCCGCCUACAAAGACGUCCACCGGGGUUCAGCCCUUUCCGAGGAAAAUUCCAUAGCCAGUCCCUGCGGGAUUUGUCUGAGAUCAGCCGCCUACAAAGACUUCCACCGGGGUUCACCCCUUUCCGAGGAAAAUUCCAUAGCCAGUCCUUGCGCGACAUGUAUGAAGUCAAGGCAUUCAAAAGUGCACACGGUCGCCCACGGGUCUGCCCUCCGGGUGAGCAGUGUCCGAUAUGGGUUGGGAAGUAG